AUAGCGGCCGAGCUUGUAUGACGCCAGUGUCAAAGUUCGAGCUUCAACAUCGUGUCAUUGCUCGGCAGCUACAAUAUCAGGGGAGAAUAUUGCUCUCUCCUGUUCACAGUCCGGGCUAUAGAAAAGGCGAUUGUGCUCACAAGACAGUCUGCCUGCGUUCGGUCCCCUCGGAGUCACUCCAUAUCUUUGCCUUCUUCUCCUUCUCUUCCCCCCUCUGUCACGUUCAUCCCCUCCUUGCCCAUCAUGGCACCAAAGAAGUACGCCGUUGUCGGCACCGGCGGACGUGCCGCUUUCUUCUACACAGCCAUUAUCAAAGACUUCAGUGCCACGUCAUCGCUGGUCGCGUUCUGCGAUACCAACCAGACGCGCAUGAACUAUGCCAACUCCAAGAUCCAGGCGCUGGGCCACCCGGGCGUGCCGACAUACAAGGCCGCCGACUUCGACAAGAUGAUUGAAGAGACGAACCCGGACGAGGUGAUCGUGACGACCAUCGACCGGACGCACAACAUCUACAUCGUGCGGGCCAUGGAGCUGGGCCGCAACGUGGUGUCGGAGAAGCCCAUGACUAUCGACGCGCCGCGGUGCCGGGAGAUCCUCAAGGCCGUCGAGCGGACGGGCCAGAAGCUGCGCGUGACCUUCAACUACCGGUACGCGCCGCACAACACAAAGGUGUUCGAGCUGCUCUCGUCGGGCGCCAUCGGCCAGGUCAACUCGGUGCACUUUGAGUGGAUGCUGGACACGUCGCACGGCGCCGACUACUUCCGGCGCUGGCACCGCGACCGCCGCAACAGCGGCGGCCUGCUGGUGCACAAGUCGACGCACCACUUCGACCUGGUCAACUUCUGGCUGCAGAGCCGGCCCGAGACCGUCUUCGCCAUGGGCGACCUGCGCUUCUACGGCCGCGAGAACGCCGAGCGCCGCGGCGAGACGGCCUUCUACAGCCGCGCCCACGGCGGCGGCGAGGCCGCGCGUGCCGACCCCUUCGCCCUCGACAUGGCCGCCAACGAGCAGCUCAGGGCCAUGUACCUCGACGCCGAGCACGAGGACGGCUACUUCCGCGACCAGAGCGUCUUCGGCGACGGCGUCAGCAUCGAUGACACCAUGGGCGUCAUGGUGCGCUACCGCUCGGGCGCCGUGCUGACCUACAGCCUGACGGCCUACUCGCCGUGCGAAGGGUUCCGCGUCUGCUUCAACGGCACCAAGGGCCGCGUCGAGGUCGAGGUGGUCGAGCGGGCCUACAUCAACUCGGGCGGCGCCCAGGGCGAGGAGGGCGCCCUCGAGUCCACCUCCAUCCUGCUGCGGCCCCUGUUCGGGAAGCCCGUCGAGGUCGAGAUCCCCCGGGCCGACGGCGGCCACGGCGGUGGCGAUCCGGAGCUCCUCAACGACCUCUUCGGCACCCCCGUUGAGGACAAGUAUAACCGCGCCGCAUCGCAUGUCGAUGGUGCACUGUCCAUCCUCACUGGCAUCGCGGCGAAUAAAUCCAUCAGCACGGGGCAGCCCGUCAAGGUGGAUGAGUUGGUGCAGAUUCCGUGAAAAGGGUUGGGGGUUAAUUGUAGGAAAGUGCCAUAGACUCAAUAUAGAAUAGACUGGUUAGGAUUCAGGUAUGUAAUUACGAGAGGCUGAGGCAUGUAACAUAUCGUAAUCAGGUGUUAUGAGUGAAGUAUGCUGGUCAGGGGAUUCUAUACACUGGCCACGCGAGACCAAAGCGAUGCAAAGAAACUACGAAUCUGCUGGACGCAUUCAAGCAGACGGGGUCUACACAAGGUGAUCUGGAUGGAGUCUCAAGUUCAUUCGAGGCGG